GGGUCUUCAUGCUAGUCAUGCAUUCAUUCCGACGUGAAGUCCAGGAAGUCCUCGUGAUUGCAGGAGCUGUGAAGUAAUUUUACGUUGCUGGUUUUCAAAAUGGCCUCAGAACUUGCAUGUCAGUAAGCGGAUUUCCUAGGCGAGAGGAAACUGCCCCUUAGCUUUUCUUAUUUAGGCCGAGCACCAGAUUCCUUGAAGGAUAAAAAACAUAAUGGAUCCUAGCAGCGAUUACCACUUCCUUCAUGACAUCCUGAGGAAAACUGUGAAAAUCACACUGAAAUGUGGCACGUUCCAAGGGGUGCUGCAACAUGUGGAUUCCAGCCGAAGCAUCUUUCUGAACAAAGUUAAGAACUUGGAAAGUGGCAGAUCUGUACCAGGAGUAAAGAUGUUCUUUGGCCAUGAAAUUGUCAAUGUGGAAUUAAUUGAUGACUCGGAACAACAUGCUGCAGAAGGAAAGACAGCUCCUACCAGGGAAGCUCCAUCUACCCAAGUGACUGCAGCAGACAAAGAAGAACCAUGGAAGCAGAACACACAGAAUCUUGUUACAGAUCAAGACACAGGGGAGGACAUAGAAUAUGUUGUUGUUGAUCAAUUUCAGAAGCAGUUUGGUUCUGCAAUGGUGCACAUCAAAAAGCAAAAUGUUUGUAGUGUAGCAGCAGAGGGUGUCAAUUUGUGUCGCCAUGGAAAACUCUCUUGGUUGCAGAUUGCAACAAGGAGCAAGGUUUUCUUGUUUGACGUUUUCCUUCUGGGAGCUCGAGUGUUCAAGAACGGACUCCAGAUGAUACUGGAAGAUCAUAAUAUUUUGAAAGUUAUCCAUGACUGCCGGUGGCUUUCAGAUUGUCUGUCUCACCAGUAUGGAGUUAUGCUCUCCAAUGUCUUUGAUACACAGGUUGCUGAUGUCUUGCAGUUCUCAGUGGAAACAGGUGGCUUCCUUCCUCACCGUAUCAGCUCUCUACAAGACUGCUUAAUGCGAUACUUGGGGAUGCCCUACAGAUGCAUCUCUUUCCUGGAACAAAGGCAGCGUGUGAUUGAGGAAAACCCUGAGAUAUGGUUUGUGAGACCCCUUCCACCUGCAUUGCUGAAAGUGUUAGCUCUGGAGGCAGCAUACCUUCUCCCUCUCCGCAUGUUGCUACUCGAUGAAAUCAUGUCUGAUUUAACAACUUUGGUGGAUGGAUAUCUAAAUGCCUUUCGGGAAGGAUCCGCAGAUCCAUUGGGGAGCACAGAGAUAUCUUGUAUGGAGCUACCACAAGAGCUUAGACAACUGGCAGAUUUUUACAAGGAACGAAGAAAGAGGGCAACACAGAACUUUCAGCUGAAUGAGGAAGGUCUCCUCAUCAGAAACCAAAUGGAAACUAUGGGAAGAAGGGUAUCAAAGAUGAAAGAAAACCAGAGAGAUAGUACCGGCUUAAUUCUUUCUAGUAGGGCAGUAUCCCCUAAAACUGGCAGUCCUGUCCACCUCUUAGGUCAAGAUGUUCAGGACAACUCUGAAAAAGAAUACCGGCGGGCAAAUCAUUGUAAUAAUCAAUGGGCAAGUAAUGUUGAAUCUGAAGUAGAAGCAAGACACCCUGUUUGCUGUAAAUCAGUAUUGGGAGCAUCUGAGGUAGAAGGGAGAAAACCAUCUCCAGUGUUCAAACCACAAAGAAAAGUAGAUUUGACUUUAGAAGAGGAAAUAAAGGAAUUGUUGACAGAAGUCAAGAAUGAAGACAACCUUUCACCUCCAAAAGCGAACAAUUCUAGGAUCCCAUUUCAAGCUGUAAAGCAAUCUAGCCAAACCCUGUCUAAUGCUGCCAUGAGUAGAAAUCCCUUUUCUCAAACAACUCAUGAUUACUGUCACCAGGUUCCCACAAGACAGAAGAAUGGGGGGAAGUGAUUUGGCGGUUCACUUUGUCUUGCCUUCAGAUUUCAACUGUCAGCUGCCAGCCCCAAGCCCUGGAGGCAAGGAGCAGAAAUUGUUUCCUUUUCAAAUUCUUUAUUGGCAACCAACCAUAUUGGAAGACUUCCAUUAAUGGAGCAAAUUUUGGAGGCGGUUGGACACAAUACCCUUCAUGUUGUAUGGGAGUUUCCUGCUCCUAUAAACACAAUUGAUGUUACAGGUGUUAAUUCU